GCGGACCCGCAGAGCCCAGCGGCCCCGGAGCGGAAUUUGGGGCUCGGGCCGGGGGACGGAUCCGCCCCGGGGGGGUCCCCGAGCCCCCUGCCCAGCCCUGGGGCCGACGGGGGCUCCCCCACCAGCAGCCGGUGCUGCGGGGCCGCGGGGCAGAGCGGUGGGAAAGGGGGGCCCGUGCUGGGAGCGGAGGAAAUGCGGGAGGAAGAGGAGGGAGAGGAGGAGCAGGAGCGGGAGAAUCGCGGCGCUCGCAGCGCCCGCACGCCGAGCCUGCAGCACCCCCUGCCCCGGGAGCAUCGCCCCCAGCCCCGAGCCGCAGCCUACAAGUGCUUGGAGUGUGGGAAGAACUUCAGGCAGAGCAGCACCCUGAUCAGCCACCAGAUGAUCCACACUGGGGAAUGGCCCUACGAGUGUGGGGAAUGUGGGAAGGGCUUCAGAUACAGCUCCGCCCUCGCCAUCAACCAACACAUCCACACUGGGGAGAGGCCCUAUGAGUGUCUCCAGUGUCAGAGGAGGUUUCAGAUCAACUCCGAUCUCCUCCAGCACCAGCAGAUUCACACAGAGGAGAGGCCCUUCCGCUGCCCUGAGUGUGGGAAGGGCUUCAAGCAAAACUCCAACCUCAUCAGGCACUGGCGCACCCACACUGGGGAGAGGCCCUACGAGUGCCCAACCUGUGGGAAGAGGUUUCACACCAGCUCCAAUCUCCUCCUGCAUGAGCGGAUUCACACGGAUGAGCGGCCCUUCCACUGCCCUGAGUGCGGGAAGGGCUUCAAGCACAACUCCCACCUCAUCACCCACCAACGCAUCCACACUGGGGAGAGGCCCUACGAGUGUCCACAGUGUGGGAAGAGCUUCACCCAGAGCUCUCACUUGACCAGUCACCAACGGAGGCACCACUAA